CCUCACAAGGCUUUCCUUAGUUCUAACUACUAGCCGGCCGGCUAGAUCAUCCAUAUCAGGGUUGGAUUGAGGUGGGGCAAACUGUUGCAUUUGGAGUCGAGACCUUUUCCGGGUCGUCCGCCUCUUCCUCGCUCUUCUUCUCUAAGCUAGCUUAACUAUAAUUAACACUAUACGUACCAGCUAUAUACGCACACGCACGUACAUUAGUUGAUCAAUUUGUGGUCUGAACGACCGGAGAAGAGCUGGGAAGAGAGAAGGAAAAAUGGCCAUCUUCUCAUCCCAAAGUCCCUGUGCCUUUGCUUUGGGUAUUCUUGGUAAUGUAGUAUCUUUCGUGGUUUUCCUGGCACCAGGACCGACGUUCUAUAGGAUAUGGAGGAAGAAGUCAACAGAAGGGUUCCAGUCAUUGCCGUAUAUAGCAGCACUCUUCAGUGCAUCGAUGUGGAUAUACUAUGCUUUCCUCAAGUCCUCCAGUGAUUUCCUCCUCAUCACCAUCAACUCCCUCGGCUGCCUCAUUGAAUCCUUCUACCUCCUUCUAUACGUAGUUUUCGCCCCGAAGCAUGCACGGAUGUUUACGUUGAAGCUGCUCCUCCUGCUGAACAUUGGUGGGUUGUGCUCGAUUCUUCUGCUCUCCCACUUCGUAUUGGCAAAUGGAUUGACCCGUGUCCGAGUUUUGGGAUGUAUUUGUGUAGCGGUGUCCGUGUGCGUGUUUGCAGCACCUUUAAGCGCUAUGAGAACGGUGGUACGCACGAAGAGCGUGGAGUUCAUGCCCCUGUCUUUGUCAUUUUCCCUCACGGUGAAUGCGGUGAUAUGGCUCGUUUAUGGUAUAUUGAUCAAGGACUUCUUUGUCGCCCUUCCAAACAGUGUGGGAAUCAUAUUAGGGGCGGUUCAGAUGGUGCUGUACGUGAUGUGUAAUAGGAAAUGGAAUCCACCAAGGAUCACGGAGCAGCUGAAGCUGCCCCAGUUAGCCCCUAGCUCAGUAGUGGUCCCCAAGCCUGACGGUGGUUAUGAUGAUCAGCCGACCGAGCCUGAGCCCGAGCCCGAGCUUAUAAAUGAUAGAGACGAUAACAUCUGCAGCCGUACUGAUGAUCCCAUGAUCAUCAUAAUCGGAAUUCUGGCACCUGUAUCAGCCGAUGAUGAUGAUACUCCUGGCGACAAAAUUAUUCGCGAUAAGGAGAAGGGCUACAAAUGCGACCAAGCUUCCAAUGAAGGACAACAGGCAGUUGCUGUUGUCGAGAAGUGACGUUUGAUCUACCAAGCUGAGCGAGCAUGUGGCUCCUAGUUAAUAAUCUCACCCACGAUCUGGCUGGCUCAUUGUACUAUUCUCGGCUUCGAUGCAAGAUUAGAUAGCUAGCCAGAGCAUCAAACAAAUUAAUAGGGGAAUGUAUGCCUUUCCUUCAUCAGCUUUUUGUCUCAUUAUUAAUUACCGUCCUCCCCUACCCUGUGUGUCUUAAUUAAUUUAAAGGUAACCCCUUCAUA